AUGUUUAAGCUAUCGCGACGACGCGAUCACUCGCUUCAGCCUCUGACAAAGGAAACGGCCGAUCCCAAUGCCGCGACCGCCGCCGCAUCCGCCUUCAUGCGAGGCAAUCCAGCCCCGUCACCAUCUCUAUCUUCAGCAGCAGCCGCUGCCGCCUUACGGGCGCAGCCAAGUCCACCGACAAAUGUUUCGCAAGUCUCUUCGAAAAGAAGCCAGCGCCGCACUUCCUCGCUGUCGUCGCCCAUCGGCCGCGACCGAGGCAAGAGUAAUCUGCACAGAAGCCCUAGCGUGAGUUCCAUGAGCGAACGAACGUUUCGACGAUCACCAUCGCCUGGUCACACGCCUCUCGGAAAACAAGAUGUCCCCCCCGUGCCCACUAUCCCAGCCUCUAAGGCUGUUACGAUGCCGUUACGGACUCAAAAUUUCCAAACCGCAAGCCAGAAGUCGCAAGGCAAUCAACAAGGCUCCUGGUUUGGGGCCGCCACUGUUCAUGAUACAUACCAGGAGAAAGGGGCAGAGGUGUUGCCAGAAUUGACACCCGAUUUACCUGAAUCUCGUUCUGGGAGCGUCAGCUCAUCUAUAAACUUCUCAUAUCCUCGCGCACGGAUAACAUACGACUCUCACACGCCAUCCGACCAGGACCUUGUCUAUGACCCAAAUUCAAGAAGAAUGGUCUUGAGAGGCACACUUGUACAAGCUAGUCAUCCAAUUGAGGCCGCUAAACCAGCUGAGAAGGCAAAAGGAACAAAACCAGCCAAUCGGGAUCAUAUAUCACAAGAGCCAAACAAUGAAAUGAAGCCAGUGAUACCCAACGACAUUCAGUCGGAACCCUUUUCAACCGCAAUUAGCCAAUCCCACGCGACUGGUAGAUCUUUGGGGAGGAGGAGCCCGAAUGAAAACACGUCGAUGACGUCAAUGGCAACAGAAACGCUAUCACAGGAGAGGGAGCUUGAAACAGAAGAAUCCCGGGAUUGGCAAAACCAUAAUACUUCUCAAAACGAAGCCUCCGAAUUUGCGAUUGAGCCAAGUUUGGCACCUGGAUUAGCGAACUGGGACCAUACGAAGACCGAGAUACCAAUUUCCUAUGCCGGAUCUGGUUCGGAGACAUCCGUUCGAUCAGCUCAUUUUGCAUCAUCAACUGAUCAGUUAGUCGUUAAGCACGAACCUCCACCACGAUCUCUGUCUCCUAGAAAGUCAGCUCUUAAAUCUGCCAUUUCGAGCCGUGGAAGUCAGUCAUCGCAUCCUAAUGAGAAUCCGGACUAUCCAUUCAUUGGGACUUCUCACUCUAGCAAAGAUGACUCCCUGGCAAGCCAGAGGAAAAGUGCUAGAGUAAGCUGGAACGACAAUAGCACAGUUGUAGUUGCUGAACCUAGCAAGUUUGAAGAAGCAGAUUUCUCAGCAGUGCACGGCCUUCAGUCAAGACACAAUACACAGGGUACCCUCGACAGCUUGAAAGCAAACAGGGCGUCUUCCCCGCAACAAGAUGAAAUAAUGUCUCCUCGACCAGCACUUCCAUUAUUUGGGAGUGUGCGUGAUAAAAAGGGGAAGGAGCCCGAAGAACGUCAGCUUGUUCGUCCGCGUGAACAUUCCCUUUCACCCCAACCGCCACCGCCGUCCAGUUCGCAAACACUGUCUUCUAUCACCAAAGAUGAAAUCCCCCCACCAAUAGAGUCAACAAAGACGUUUCAUUUUGGUCGCGGACAGACUCCAAGAAAUGUAGCGAAUAUUUCCAAAUAUCGGGAGCCAUUGCCAGCCAUCAUCGCAUCUACCGAAAGUCUUGGACAUGUGAGCGAAGACUUGUAUAGUUCCGGGGAUGAGCUAUUCGAAGAUGUCUCAACCGACGAAAGUUCAAAAGUAUCAGAUGCAAAGGCAUUGAAUAAGUCGCCAGGCAUUUCUAGUUCAAAUACGGAUUCUUCGGCCAUGCAUCAUGAUACUUCAUCUAUGACGGAGCCAAACUCUCUUCCGGGAAGUUUCCCAGAAGAUGAAGAUAUCUCCAGGCUCCACAUGGACGACGCAAACGCAUCUAUCACGCCUGCAUUAGCACUUGCUUCAGGAUAUAAGACUGGCAACCAAGAAGAACAUGACUCAGACAUGGACAGUAUUUACAGUGAUGCGUACGAAGAUCUAUCCGAUGCUGGCGACGGUGGAUUCAUGUCUCUUGAUGCUGCACUGGUCAGUCCACCCAUGAUAGGUGUAGACCGCAACAAAUCGCAGAUCAAUGCAAGCACUGGGGGGAAGCCGCUGGAUAACACCACAAGUACUCCCAUUCAAUCACCUGAUGAUUGGGAGAUGGCUAAAGCAUACUGGAAAAGCCUUACCUCUGAGGAGAGGCGCCAGCUCGAAAUGGAGGCCCUUCGGGAAGCUGAUGAUGAGGCUAUACGGGAGCAACAGAGAAGUCAACGGCAACAAUCCCAGAAGGAACGUCAAGCGCGAACCACACUGGUGUCACCCGACGAACCAAGACAACAGUCGAUCAAUUCCAAACCAGCCGAUAGAUCUCGAACUAUGCCCAAGACCAAUACCAAGAUGGAACCGAAAAUAGGAGAAGAGCCUAUGCGACAUACUGAUUUUGCCAUGACAGAUGCUCAGGGAGGGCGAGGCUCGCUGCAGCAACCAACUACCACGGCACGCACCGGCUUGGCGAUGGGACGCAGGUUACAAAAAUUAGCUCGCCCAAAACGCUCGGCAAGUCAUGAACAGAAGUACAUAGGUGAUGAGCUCCGUGGCCCAACCACCAGGCCCAGAUCAUCUUACGACCCCCAAUCUCUAUCAAGGAGAGAUGAGGAUUCGACAUACGGCGAUCACUUGUCAGAUUCUAGUGAUGACGACAUGAACACAACUCCGUUGACAAACGGCUCUAUCACGGGUGAUGAAUACGAACCCGUUCAUUCGAGGUUGAAACAAUCUAUUCUGAAUAUGUAUGCACGCAACAACCUCCCUGACCAAAAUUCUAGUGCCAGCGCAGGUAUCAACUCCGGUUUGCCAAAACACGAUGCGCCCAAACCGAGAGUUGACCAAUACCACACUGAGGAGAACCCACAUCUACCUCUUGAUCAGCUAUCCGGCGCCUCGGCUCGCCGACCAGGGCUCAUCUCCACACUCAGGCGCAAGAGCCAUGCAAACGUCAAAGAAUCCAGCGACGCUGACGGUGCCCGUAAUGCUCUACCGCAUCAUCACAGUGAAGACGCAACGUCUACACGGAACAGCGUCAUACCCAACCAUGCAAUAGGCUGGCCAUUGCAGAACAGGAAGGGCGAGACGAAUGAAGCUUCAAUGACGUCACCGCUUGUAGACACAGGAAGACGAUCCGCAGCUAGCGGCUCUAUUGUCAAGGACGAGCUGACGUCAGAACCCCGCCAUCAACAUGAGCUUCAGCUUUAUGAAGGUAGUUCUGAUGCAAACCACGCUAAUACUCUCCUAUCACAAGAACCUAAGCGAAAGAAGUUUAACAGCCUGAGGAAAAUGUUUAAAAUUAAUAAUUAG